AAAAUCAGAAAACGUCCUCACCUCAGUACUCUUUCAUCAGGUCCUCGCUCUGAACUGCAUCCCCCAUUACAGCAAGCCAAAGAAAUAACCUUAACCGUCCGUCGACAUGGGAUCCGACGACCGGCAGAGCUCACCAGGACUAAUGAUCUCCAGCACCCACUCGAUUCGCUCCUUUCUUCUCUCUGCUUCUAAAGAUUCUCACGUCUCACCACAAUUACAACAGCUCGCUCUCCAUCUCGCCUCUCUAACUCCGGUUCCCUACAAGUCCAUUCGAAAUAUAUGGAUGGCGUCUCAUCCCUCAGCACGACCCGAACUGAUCCACUUGUUCUCUGGAUCCGAAUUCGUCUUAAACAGCCCCAGACCUAGAGAGAAGAGUGAAGAAUUGAAGGCUAGAUUGAGGGACUUAGCAGAAAGAGCUGAGAGGAAUGAGUAUCGAGAGCUUGUUAAAGAUAUUAUGCCUAACAAUGAACAAAAUGAGCCUUUCUCUUCUUAUAAAGAUCAGCUUGGUUUUGGUUUACAUGUUGCACUUACAAUGUUUACUGGCUAUUUGGUUGGAUAUGCUGCGUUCAGAGCAUUGUUUAGCCACAGCCCUGCCAUGAGUGCUGCCGGAGGCAUUCUUGGAUUGGUUUUUGGCAUGCUUGUGGAGACAUUUCUUUUUAUCAUUAGAAGUUCUAAUCAAGAUCUCAAAUUAUCUUCUUCUGCCUCCAAGCAAAAGAAGAAUCAGUAGGCAUGGACUUCCUACACAGAAUAGGAGAGAAAAGUGGGAGUAUGGUACUUGUGAUCUAAGUACAGGAAAGCGAGAAGAUAGCAAACUGGGAAGGGAGGCAUUUUCCAACCUCAUAUUUUUUCAAUUCUUCAAAUUGUGUGGCAUAGAGAGUACAAGAAGAGACUGUGAACGAAGCAGCAAGUUCGUUUUACCCUUCUCCCACCGGUUUCCAUUCCACUACAAAACAUAUUGGAGGAAAUAAUUUGCCUUCCUCUUACUAAAUCUCCUACAUUUCCAUCUAUCCUAUCAAUCAAGCUAUUGAUGGUAAGACCUACCUCCCAACCUACUCUUAGUAUUACAUUCUGGUGAAACACAUUUAAACUAAGUUUCUUGGAAUGUAUCGUCAAGAAUCUUUGUUUGCAUAGGUUUGCGUGCCAAGAUAUGAAUGAGAGCAGAUGCAAAAAAAUUAAGUAAA